AUGUCACUAGGACUCUCUGGUGCCUCCACGUCACUAGGACUCUCUGGUGCCUCCACGUCACUAGGACUCUCUGGUGCCUCCACGUCACUAGGACUCUCUGGUGCCUCCACGUCUCUAGGACUCUCUGGUGCCUCCACGUCACUAGGACUCUCUGGUGCCUCCACGUCACUAGGACUCUCUGGUGCCUCCACGUCACUAGGACUCUCUGGUGCCUCCACGUCACUAGGACUCUCUGGUGCCUCCACGUCACCAGGACUCUCUGGUGCCUCCACGUCACUAGGACUCUCUGGUGCCUCCACGUCACUAGGACUCUCUGGUGCCUCCACGUCACUAGGACUCUCUGGUGCCUCCACGUCACUAGGACUCUCUGGUGCCUCCACGUCACUAGGACUCUCUGGUGCCUCCACGUCACUAGGACUCUCUGGUGCCUCCACGUCUCUAGGACUCUCUGGUGCCUCCACGUCACUAGGACUCUCUGGUGCCUCCACGUCUCUAGGACUCUCUGGUGCCUCCACGUCACUAGGACUCUCUGGUGCCUCCAUGUCUCUAGGACUCUCUGGUGCCUCCACGUCUCUAGGACUCUCUGGUGCCUCCACGUCUCUAGGACUCUCUGGUGCCUCCACGUCUCUAGGACUCUCUGGUGCCUCCACGUCUCUAGGACUCUCUGGUGCCUCCACGUCUCUAGGACUCUCUGGUGCCUCCACGUCUCUAGGACUCUCUGGUGCCUCCACGUCACUAGGACUCUCUGGUGCCUCCACGUCUCUAGGACUCUCUGGUGCCUCCACGUCACUAGGACUCUCUGGUGCCUCCACGUCACUAGGACUCUCUGGUGCCUCCACGUCACUAGGACUCUCUGGUGCCUCCACGUCUCUAGGACUCUCUGGUGCCUCCACGUCACUAGGACUCUCUGGUGCCUCCAUGUCACUAGGACUCUCUGGUGCCUCCACGUCUCUAGGACUCUCUGGUGCCUCCACGUCACUAGGACUCUCUGGUGCCUCCACGUCACUAGGACUCUCUGGUGCCUCAACGUUUCUAUGACUCUCUGGUGCCUCCACGUCUCUAGGACUCUCUGGUGCUUUGACGUCUCUAGCACUCGUCAUCAAAGAUGAUUUCGAACACAACAAGGGGAAGGCAUCGCUAUGGCAGCCCAGACAAAAGCUUAGAGCGGGUAGGACAAAAGGAGCUCUCACUCUGAAAUGAUUUGUUAAGGAAGGCUCUUUCUUUGAUGGUCUGAUGGGAGAAGAGAGGAACGGGUGGAUAAAUGGCAGUGUUCUCAACGUCACA